GGAAGACGUGCACGUGGAUGGACACAACACUUGUAAAAAGAGAAAAGGUGCGAUACCCGGAUACACUGGUUAUUUAUCCAAAGACAUGCAGUUAGGUUAACGUGGGCGGCAUUGGGCUGAAGUGCCCUUGAGCAAGGAAUGUGUCCAUUAGCUAUGUCAUACUGAUGUACCCAACUCCUAUGUACUCCCAUGCUGGUCAUGGGCCUUUCUCAGAUGUGUAUGAGCCAGCAGAAGACACUUUCCUUUUGAUUGAUACCUUGGAGAAAGAUGCUGAUUUGCUGCAGCGAAGCAAACCUGCUGUCUGCCUUGAGGUUGGCAGUGGCUCAGGUGUAGUCUCUGCUUUUCUGGCAUCAUUAACUGGAGCAGAAGCAUUGUAUCUCUGCACUGACUUGAACCCGGCAGCAGCUCAGUGCACAGCAGAGACGUCUCGCCGCAAUAAUGUUAACCUGCAGCCAGUUAUAACUGACUUGGCUGAGUGUCUGUUGCCCAGAUUGAAUGGAAUGGUGGAUGUUCUUCUUUUCAAUCCUCCAUAUGUAGUUACACCAUCUGAGGAGGUGGGCAGUCAUGGCAUUGAGGCAUCCUGGGCAGGAGGAAAGGGAGGAAGGGAGGUGAUGGAUAGAUUCUUCCCCAUGGUUUCACAGUUAUUAUCCAAACAGGGCCUCUUCUACCUUGUUACAGUGUCGGAUAACAAACCAGAGGAGAUUCUGUCUCUGCUUGGUGAAUCCGGGUUAAGAGGAAAGGUGUGUCUGUCUCGUCAGGCGGGGAGAGAAAAGCUAUCCAUUCUGCGCUUCAGCAAGAGCGACAUCACAGGACUGUGAAUACUACAGUCCUAGUUACACUACAUACUGACUGUAAUCCAAAAAAGUAGAGUGAAGCAAAAAAAAAAAAAAAGCGGCAGUAAAAGUUAACUUCCAUGUAAAGUUACAGUUAUCACAAGAAAAUACUGCACUGGUGUCCUGUUCUUGCUUUACAAUGCUAGGCUUUGCAAGGUUCUAUAUCUUGUAUAGCUGUAAUGUUGGUAAAUUUUGAUCUGGCAGUGUAACCUUGGACAUCCUUAAAGGAGGCAUAACGGGACACAAUGAAAGACCUUUUUUGAAGAAUUUCUGAUAGCCAGCUGGACUUAGUGUAAGAAUUAAGUAAAGACGGAAUGGCAACAGGGACCUUUUUGCCAGUGUAAAUGAUGGCUCAGUUGUCAGUGUGUUAGAGCUCUGCUCUUUGAAGGCUUGAACAUACAGCUAGUGGUGGUGAUGGGGUAUGGCUUCCACUAGUUGAAGACUAACCUGGUUCAAAAGGAUGAGCUGCAGUUCUGAAGAUGAAGGACCCGUUUGAUGAAGUAAUGUAGGGGGCACAAAAGGCAGCAGCUUCUGUACCACAUUCUAUACAAUGGAAUAUUGAAGUGGAGACAAGACAGCAUAAUGUGCCGUGAGUAAUUCUUGUGUUGAAAUCUCUCCUAGUAUGUUGCUUAAAUCUUAACUGACACUUCAAUGAAAAUAAACGUGUUGAACAUGGA